AUGGCGGAGACGUCGUGCUUGACGAGCGCCCACGGCAACGCUCGCGCAGCGGCGAAGGAGUUCGACCAAGUCAAUUUCAUGCAGGCAUCCGAACAUCACCAGAGGGCAUCAGCAGACUUCGCCCGGGCGGCCAAAGGUACCAGCGACAGUGAAGCGCUACGAGUGCUCAAACUGUUGGAGGCGCAACAUCAAAAGCUCACGCAAUUGGUCAAACUCGAAGAUGCAUCUCACCAAGGCCCAAGCAAGGAAGCGGCCGAGGCGACAGAGGGAUCAAGACCAGUGAAAGCUGAACGGAGCACGACACCAUCUUCGAAGCCCUCAAGGUCUGCGAAGCCAGAGUCGACGACAUCGGCGCUAGCUUCUGCGCGCAUAAACAAGCAGUCACGGGACGCAUCGCCUUCUUUGGCUCGCGAUAUCGCAAGUCGACGAGGUAUACCGCAGGCCACACGACAACCAUCAGCUGCAGCGCAAGCCAGAGCACGGCAACUGUCUCCCGAAUCCAGGCGCAAAGCAGUACCAAAGGUGCCUCCAUCGAUCGUUGACAGUCAGGCGGAUCUUGCGCGCUCGAGAGUGACGAAAAGGCCGGACGACGACGAUGGCUUUGCGAAGUUCUACAGCAACCUGACCACCGGUACUAUGUCUAAGCUUUCGUCUGUCCUGGCCUAUGCUGGUCUGCCUUUGACUGCGGAAGACGCUGUCAAGUAUGAUCAGCCGAGCACUCAAAAGGCUGGUAAGCGAACCGUGAGCGCCAGCAAUGAUCCUGAUGUGAAGAAGAUCUUCUCAAAGGCGGCACUGGAGGCUAUCGAGGACGAGCAUCGCCAGCGCGGUACGCUUGGACGUGGCUUUGGCCCAGCGGAAAGCUUCUACGUCGUCCAGAAAGGCGGUGGGACCUACUCGUAUGCCGACAUCGCCAAAGCGCAGCAGCAGCAGGCCGCAGGAGAAGACUCAGAGCCGGAGUUCGUGGACGCCAAAGAAGUACGCAGCGCAGCCGCAUCUCAGUACGUUCGCAAGUCUCGCUCCAAGCGAGGAUCGUUCGGCAUGCCAAGGACGCAAGAGGAGCUGGAGCUGGAGAACUCGACGCUUAAGAAUACGCUCGAGCAACUGGCCGCCCGUCUGGCGAACUUUGAAGCGCAUGCUCAAGAUGCCUCCAUGGCUGCUUUGGAGCAGAGCAUGAUGAUUGUCAAACCGGGUCCUGCUACAGCCCAUGCGUCGACAUCAGACAAAAGCCCCACCCGUGAAGGUGGAGACAAGAUCGAUCCAGGUGUACAGGAGAGAUUGCGCCAGCUUGAGCUGCAAGUCGAGCAGCGGAGUAUGUCGGAGCAGGAGUGGAAGGAGAAGUCGGCAAAGCAGGCAAGAGAGCUGAAGAAGUAUCGGCAUUACUUUGACGAGCUCAAGUCUAGUGCCAAGGAGAAGGAGAAGACGAGGAUCGAGAAGAAGGAAACUUUUAGCGUUGGCGAUGGUGUCACUGGAGAGUAG